GAGGGACUGAAGGGUGAUGGUUAAGUAAAGUUCCCUCUUCUACUUCCUCCCUCUCAGUAACCUGCCGCUCACUGCCAAACAAGGGCUAAUACUCAAAUUUGCCUGUCUCUCCCCUCGCUGUUUGACUUGACCUGAUCUUUCUUUUGCCCCGGAGCGCUGUCCUCUGCCACAGGUCUGGAGACAUGCAAGCCAUCAAGUGUGUCGUGGUGGGAGACGGAGCUGUGGGGAAAACCUGUCUCCUUAUCAGUUACACCACCAAUGCCUUCCCAGGAGAAUACAUCCCCACCGUGUUCGAUAACUAUUCUGCCAACGUGAUGGUUGACAGCAAGCCUGUAAAUCUGGGGCUCUGGGAUACUGCUGGACAAGAGGAUUAUGACAGGCUGAGGCCACUCUCUUACCCGCAGACGGAUGUCUUCCUGAUCUGCUUCUCCCUUGUCAGCCCAGCAUCUUAUGAAAACGUCCGUGCUAAGUGGUUUCCUGAGGUGCGGCACCAUUGCCCUAGCACUCCCAUCAUUCUUGUGGGCACAAAGCUGGAUCUUCGUGAUGAUAAGGACACCAUUGAGAAGCUGAAGGAGAAGAAGCUAUCCCCUAUUACAUAUCCUCAGGGCCUUGCUCUGGCCAAGGAAAUUGACUCUGUGAAAUACCUUGAAUGCUCGGCUUUGACGCAGCGCGGCCUCAAGACGGUGUUUGACGAGGCCAUCCGAGCAGUCCUCUGUCCGCAGCCCACCCGGACAAAGAAACGUGCGUGCAGCCUCCUCUAAGCAAAUCCUGGCCCCGUCCUGAUGCCAGGCUCUGCACAGCACGCAGGAGAAUGAGCGAUAUCUCCAGCAUCCUCCCGGAGUUCAGUACCCUGUGGCGGUCACUGCGCUUUUUACUUCUUCUGGCUUGAAAGACUGUUGUGGGUCUGUAGCACUGGUUUGUCCAUUUGCACAACUUCCCCACACUCACCUCAACGCAGCUGCCUCUUCCCUUCCUCACCGGCUCCCAAGGUUACAACAUAGUGAAUAAGACGCAAUAAACAGACUGUUCAUUCUU